AUGGAUCACGAGGAGCAUGUACUUAAUUUAUCCGACGUCGUCCACGACGACCCUAUCGACGAAGAGAGCCCCCACGACGUGCAUGCUACAGAUCCCCAUCAUGAAUCAAGGCCCUCACAUUUUGACCCAUCUUCAAGCAUGAUGUCCCCGCUACACGAUAACUACACCGUAUCCGAACACUCUAAUCAUCUGGGCACCGCAGAUUCGUAUUCUGUCGAAAUGCUCGAGCGUGAAAUCGCUACUCUGCUUAAUCAGAAUGCCUCCGCAGCAUCGGCUGCUUUGCUCAGCGCUGCUGCCCAGCAGCGGCAGGCUAACAUUGAUCUUGGGAGAGAUGACGAUGACGGCCUGGACACCAAUACAGAAAAUAUCGCUGGAAUAAAUCUAGGACUAUCCGGGCUUGCUGCUGUUCUGCAAGCUGUCCAUGCUCAGGCGCGGCCCGACGACCAACGUGAUUCACACCAACAACAAGAACAGAAGACAACAAGAACCGCUCCAGCUUUUCAUUCUCUAACAGCUGGUGAGACAUCAGACCAUCAUUCCAGCCAAAGACGAAGGGUGGAUGGGAAAAGUGGAUCCGAGGGCUCAGAUUACUUGUUCUCAGAACGAGAGGACGCCAGCGAGAGAGAAGAUUUUGCAAACCCGGAGGGAGCGAUGCGGCAUUCCCCAUCCCCGCAUCAUCCAGCUGAGGAUGUCCCAAUUCCCUCAAACGAACUUCAGUCUGUCGGGGGCUUCCCAGAAUUAAACGACAUUUUGAACCCAUUUCCUCAUUUUGAACAUGAUCCUACACAUAAUGCCCAUGAUUUAUCACCGCCCGGAUCGCCCCCCGUUAUUUCGCAUGCUCAGGUAGUAGAACAGGAGCUCGGUGCAGGUCCUGUCCCUUCAAUACCCAUAUCAGCACCGCCAAACCGUGCGAGCACCCAGCAACCUGUUGCAUCAACAUCCUUUUCUUCUCAACCAGAAACCGGGGCGAAGCGUGCUCGAAAACCCCAGGGGAGGGAACGAGGCUCUAACACCCAUACCUGUGAAGAAGAGCACUGUCAAAAGUCAUUUACACGUCGAAGUGAUCUGGCCCGUCAUCGUCGAAUACACACUGGGGAACGGCCAUUUCGUUCUGCCUUGCACGUCCAUUCACGUGUGCACACGGGCGAGAAACCACAUUGUUGUGAAUAUCCAGGAUGCGGCAAGACAUUUGGGGAUUCAAGUAGUCUAGCUCGUCACAGACGGACACAUACAGGGAAGCGACCGUAUAAAUGCGAAGAUCCAAGUUGCGAGAAAACCUUUACUCGCAGAACAACACUGACGACUCAUAUGCGAACCCACGAUCCGAACUGGGAACCAGACCCAAAUGUUAAAUACAACUUCAAAGGAAAGAAGCGAAAGAUUAUGGACGACGACGAUGAUGACCAAGAGCUAGCCGAGUCGGUUAGAACUAUUUCGGCUUUGUUCCAGACCGGUGGAAACUCGAUUUUGCCCUCCCGAGAUGUUCAGACGGAUGAACCAUUAGCUGCACGGGUCGCAAGUAUCAGCGCUGAAAUUGCCGCUGCUAUCGCACAGGCUCAGUCGCGCGGGUAUGACGAUGAAGAGGACGAAGAGGGAGAAGAAUCGGGCUCUGGACAAGAAAUGGGGGGCAUGGAGACCAUUGGACCCAACACGAGUGGGAUCAGAGGUGUCAACGGAGAAGAUGGCGUGGAAAAUGACGAUAUCUCAGGGCGCGGUGAAGACGAUGAAGACAGCGACGCGUUUCCUGCGCCGUUGAGAGGUAGAAAAACCGUGGCGUCUGGGAGUAACAAGAGGAAGCGGUGA